GGGCUGGAGCCCCGAGGUGGGAGGCGCCAGGAUCAGUCGGGGCGCCCGGAGCGCAGGCUGCCACCCACCUGGGCGACCUCCGCGGCGGCGGCGGCUGGGUAGAGUCAGGGCCGGAGGCGCACGCCGGGGCACCUGGGCCGCCAGGCACCGAGCGUCGGGGGUCUGCGCGGCGCGCGCCUGGAGAGGGUGCAGCCAUGCGGGCGGCGGCGGGGGGCGUGCGGACGGCCGCGCUGGCGCUGCUGCUGGGGGCGCUGCACUGGGCGCCGGCGCGCUGCGAGGAGUACGACUACUAUGGCUGGCAGGCCGAGCCGCUGCACGGCCGCUCCUACUCCAAGCCGCCGCAGUGCCUUGACAUCCCUGCCGACCUGCCGCUCUGCCACACGGUGGGCUACAAGCGCAUGCGGCUGCCCAACCUGCUGGAGCACGAGAGCCUGGCCGAAGUGAAGCAGCAGGCGAGCAGCUGGCUGCCGCUGCUGGCCAAGCGCUGCCACUCGGAUACGCAGGUCUUCCUGUGCUCGCUCUUUGCGCCCGUCUGUCUCGACCGGCCCAUCUACCCGUGCCGCUCGCUGUGCGAGGCCGUGCGCGCCGGCUGCGCGCCGCUCAUGGAGGCCUACGGCUUCCCCUGGCCUGAGAUGCUGCACUGCCACAAGUUCCCCCUGGACAACGACCUCUGCAUCGCCGUGCAGUUCGGGCACCUGCCCGCCACCGCGCCUCCAGUGACCAAGAUCUGCGCCCAGUGUGAGAUGGAGCACAGCGCUGACGGCCUCAUGGAGCAGAUGUGCUCCAGUGACUUUGUGGCCAAAAUGCGCAUCAAGGAGAUCAUGAUAGAGAAUGGGGACCGGAAGUUGAUUGGAGCCCAGAAAAAGAAGAAGCUGCUCAAGCCGGGCCCCCUGAAGCGCAAGGACACCAAGCGGCUGGUGCUGCACAUGAAGAACGGCGCGGGCUGCCCCUGCCCGCAGCUGGACAGCCUGGCGGGCAGCUUCCUGGUCAUGGGCCGCAAAGUGGAUGGACAGCUGCUGCUCAUGGCCGUCUACCGCUGGGACAAGAAGAAUAAGGAGAUGAAGUUUGCAGUCAAAUUCAUGUUCUCCUACCCCUGCUCCCUCUACUACCCUUUCUUCUACGGGGCAGCAGAGCCCCACUGAAGGGCACUCCUCCCUGCCCUGCCAGCUGUGCCUUGCUUGCCCUCUGGCCCCGCCCCAGCUUCCAGGCUGACCCGGCCCUACCGGAGCCCCACUGAAGGGCACUCCUCCCUACCCUGCCAGCUGUGCCUUGCUUGCCCUCUGGCCCCGCCCCAGCUUCCAGGCUGACCCGGCCCUACCGGAGGGUGUUUUCACGAAUGUUGUUACUAGCACAGGGCCCAAGGGAUGGGCACGGAGCCCAGGCUGUCCUUUUUGACCCAGGGGUCCUGGGGUCCCUGAGAUAUUGGGCUUCCUCUCUCAGGAGCAGGGCUUCUUCAUCUGGGAGAAGACCUCAGGGUCUCAGAAGUAGGCAGGGGAGGAGAGGGUGAGGGAAGGGUGGAGGGGCUCAGGGCAUCCUGAGGCAGAGGUUUCAGAGUAGACGAUGGUGUCAGCUCCAGCUCACCUCUGUCGGUGGUGGAGCCUCACCUUGAAGAGGGAAGUCUCAAUAUUAGGCUAAGCUAUUUGGGAGACAGUUCUCCCCACGGCCCCUGUAUGCGUCAUCCUAGCCCCCUAAAGGAAAGGAGUUAGGGUCUCAGUGCCUCCAGCCACACCCCCUGCCUUCCCCAGCUUGCCCAUUUCCCUGCCCCAAGGCCCAGAGCUCCCCACAGACUGGAGAGCAAGCCCAGCCCAGCCUCGGCAUAGACCCCCUUCUGGUCCGCCCGCAGCUCGCUUUCCGGGGUUCAUUCCUCAGCCUCUGCUUCUCCCUUUUAUCCCGAUAAGUUAUUGCUACUGCUGUGAGGCCAUAGGUACUAGACAACCAAUACAUGCAGGGUUGGGUUUUCUAAUUUUUUUAACUUUUUAAUUAA